CUCCACCAACGAAACCACCGCGGCGGUAGCUGAACUCUAAGUUGAUUAUUCUAAAAAUUUGACUCUAGAAUGCAGAUCGAUCCACAAGAAAUCGUUCCGACAAAUUUAUUUGCGGUUUCGAGAGAGAACAAAUUUGAGGCAGCCUGUAACCAAAUAAUGGCGGGAGACGGUGAGGAGAAACAGCUACGAAACCAUCGCCCUUCUUUGAAAACUCCUCCUUCCUUCAGUAAUUACACAAAUUGGAAAAGCAAGCUCCGGGAGAAUUGCUUCAGAAGGGUUCGGGAGGAUCGAUCCCGGUUGCUCUGGAAAUUGAGACUACCCGAUGUUAAGACCCAAUCUUCCAACAAUAAGGAUCUUAUCAAUUCAAGCCUUCAAGGCAUAGUGUCUGAUGAACUAAGAAAAAUUAAGGGAUCAUCACUUGAUGAAAGUUCAGCUCCAACAUGUUGUAGUGCUACUGAUGACAUGAUAUGGGAAUAUGAUGGUCUUCAGACAGCUUAUGCAGGCGACUGCGAAGAGAUUCUGUUAGAAAUGCAAAGAAUAUUCUAUGAGGAUCUUGGGCAAGGAGAAAUUAGAAAAGAGCCUGAAAAUUUGAUCACAACAUGGGAGGAUGAAGAAGACGAAUAUUUGGCUCGAGAAGUGUAUGAUCACAUGCAGCUAAAUAGUGAUCAGGUUACACAGGAGGUUUGGUGUCCCAUCUGCAAACAAGGGAAGCUACAGGAAAAUAGCCAUUCUAUAUAUUGCAGUUGUUGCAAAUUCGAACUAAAAAGAGACCAUGAGGUUGAUCUGAACUUCUUAAAGCUGAGGCUGGGCGAAGCUCACACAGAGCAUCUUGUUAAAGGAUGCAGACUGAAACCUGAGUUCUGCGUUGAAACCAAGUUUCAACUGACUGCAAUAUACAUCAAGUGUGUAGGCUGCGAGACAUUUGAUAUUGUGCUAUAACCGGUUACCUUACAACGAGGCCAGGGAGAUGAUGUGUAGCCAACUCCGGGUAAAGGAAAUCAAAGGUUGCAUUUGGUAAUUAUUGCUUCAUGCUGCCAUUUUUUGUAAUUGCAUUCCUGAAAGAAUGCUUUAAUACAGAAACAGUUUUGUUUUGUAUCUUCUGUGAGGAUUCUAGUUUCUUGAGGAAUGUGUAGAGCAUACAUACACCAUACCAGUCACCUGUAUAUGUUAAAAAUGGCAUCUUGUUUCUGAUAGUUCAAAA